CUCUCCCAUGACAUGGUGCAGAAGUGGAUCAAUGAAGUGGUAGCAGGGUCUGGGAUUCCUGGUAUGUUCUCAACACAUUGUUACCAUUGGGGCAGGGCACAAUACAGAUUCAUGUUUGCCCCACUGGGGCAGCAAUGGACCCUUGCAUGGGUUCGGUGGUGGGGAGGGUGGGUGGAAGGCAAGCAUGUGAGUUGCCCUCUUUCCUAUCUGGGUCGUGAUAUGCUAAUGUGCUACCUGCUCAAUGAAUUACACUGUUACAAAAACAACCACAGCGAUGUGCUGUGA